CUAUAAUCGAAUUUACGGGGAAACUUAAGUAUGGCGCUUCAAGCUUAUAGGCAUUUAUUGCGCUCAGCGCGGCUGGCAUUUGAGGGAGACACCCAUCUACUCCACGCCGCCCAAGCUCAGGCACGCGGUGCAUUCCGGGAGAACGCAUCACUUGCUCCAGAAGAUCCUCUUGCGGUGAAGGCUAUUACACAUGCAAAAGAGGUAUCUGCGAUCUUGAGAGAGAACAUUGUGCAGGGGAAGAACGUUGGCGACAACAAGUACAAAUUACGGAUACACGCGGAAACGGAGAGGGGCGAUAACGAUUCGAUCAAAAUGCCGAACGGACAGAAGGUCAAGAUUGAGGGCAAGAAGUGCUGCUCAUAACAGAUGCCUAUGGGUGUAUGAAUAUGUAUUAUAGAGGGGCA